CUUAAACUUAGACAAAGAGCUAGCUACCACCGUCAUCCGUCACCGUCGUCCACCAUUUAACUUCACGGUUAACACCCAACACUCUGAACCGGAAUGUACUAACCUACAGGUUAACUGCCCAAUAUGUCGGAAAUCGCAGUUGGGCAGUCAAUUCGCCUUAGCGAUGGCCGCAAUGCCACCGUUCGCUAUGUCGGACAGACGCAUUUUGCUGCGGGUGAUUGGGUUGGUGUCGAGCUCGAAGAUGACAGCGGGAAGAACGAUGGAGCAGUCCAAGGCGAACGAUACUUCGACUGUUCACCGGGAAGAGGAAUGUUUGUUCGCCCUGUGACAGUCACGGUGUUACAAGCUGCACCACCACCGCCGAAGUCAACAGCCCCUAUUCGAAGGAGUUCUCGUACGAGUACAGCUCCAGGACGAUCAGGUUCUGUGACCGACCCUAGUAUGCCAAAGCGGAUGAGCCUCAAUGCUCCUAGCCCUAGCCCAGUAUCUAGAACUCGACCUUCUAGUAUUGGAAGACAGUCUCCUACUAAAUCUCCUACGAAGCAACUUGGAACCGCUGCAUCUAGCCUCGCGAACUCAAGAACCGGCACACCAUCGAAUGCUCGCGUUUCUUCCAUUGGUCCAAAACCGCGCCCUUCACUCGGUGGAGGCCGAGCGUCCAUGGGCCCACCUCCGCUACCUUCAUCUGGAUCCAGGAGACAACCCUCAACAUCUUCCGCUUCGGGGAGAGUUGUAAGUGGCGCUACGAGGCCUGCUGGUGGUCGAGUUUCUACCGUAGCUGGUCGCGGCGCUGCCCGUCCUACUUCCGGAAGGGUAAGAUCAGGGGAUUCGUUAUCCGGCGGUGAAAGUGGAAAUAGAUCUGGCUUAGGUUCUCCUCUUAAGAGUGACGGCGAGCAGAGUAGUCCUGUUCAAUCUAGGACGAGGGCUCUGGAAAGGCUCACAUCCGCAGGUCGAUCAGCGACGUCUUCGAAAUCGGCAAUGAGUAGCGCGGCUCCCUCAAAAACGCCCGGGAGCGCGGGUCCCAGUGGUCGCCCAGGUGCUUCUAACGCAGUUACUAGAGAGAACGAGGACCUUAAAGCAAAGCUGAAAGUCCUUGAGCGUAAGCGACUGGAAGAUCGAGAGAAGAUGAAAGAGAUGGAAAGGCUUCAAGAACAACGCGACAAGUUCGAAACGAUUAAUAAAAAGAUUGAGGGCAAAUAUCAAACGACGGCGCAGGAAAACGUCGCUUUGCGCAAGCAGCUCAAGGAAGCCGAAGAACGGCUAGAACAGAUCGAAACCCUGCAGGCUGAGCAUGACUCCGUUAUGGAACUAGCAACGUUGGAUAGAGAAAUGGCUGAAGAAACCGCCGAAGUCUACAAGGCAGAACUCGAGGCAUUGAAGCAGAAAGCAGAAGAGCUAGAGCUUGAGGUCGAAAUUCUGCGCGAGGAGAAUACCGAAUACUCUCAGGGCAUGUCUCCCGAAGAACGAGCGAGCGCAGGAUGGUUACAAAUGGAACGUCAUAAUGAGCGACUACGUGAAGCUCUUAUCAGGCUACGGGAUAUCACACAGCAGCAGGAAGAAGAUUCUAAGGCGCAAAUCAAGUCGCUGGAGAAGGACCUCGCAGAUUUUGAGGCUAUUAAGGAGCAGUACCAGAUCGCCAAAGAGAAACUUCUGGAAUCCGAGACGCGCGCUGAAGACCUCCGACAACAGCUCGACGAUAAUUUGGGCGCAGAGACUAUGAUCGAGCAACUGAGUUACGAGAAAUUACAACAAUCCGAACACAUCAACGAAUUGAAGGCCGUGAUUGAUGACCUCGAAGCGCUCAAGGAAAUUAACGAUGAACUUGAAGUCAAUCACGUCCAGAAUGAGAAAGAAAUGCAGGAGGAGAUCGAUCUCAAGGAUAGCGUCAUUGCGGAACAAGCUCGAAGAACUGCCGAGAGGGACGAUACUAUUUCAGAUUUGGAGUACACACUAUCUCGAUUCAGGGAGCUUGUCACAAAUCUUCAGACCGACCUGGAAGACAUGCGCGCCUCUCAUGCUGUCAACGAAGCUGAGUCUGAACAACUCAACAGCAAGUCAAGAGCGAUGAUGGACUUAAACCAGAAGCUCCAGAUUUCAGCUGCGAAGACACAAGUCAAGACUAUCGAUCUAGAGCUGCAGCGCAUGGAUGCCCAAGAAGCGCAACAGCACCUCCAGAUCGUCAAAUUGUUCUUGCCUGAGAGCUACAAUGCUGACAAAGACUCCGUCCUGGCAUUGCUACGGUUUAGCCGAUUGGCUUUCAAGGCGAACUUGCUCCAUGGAUUUGUUAAGGAACGUAUUAAUGGACAAGCGCACCCUGGCCACGAAGACGAUGUGUUCGCUGGCUGCGACGCAUUGGACAAACUCAGUUGGGUAUCGUCCAUGUGCGAUCGUUUCGUCAAUGCUAUCAGCCACUGCUCGCUAGAAGAAUUUGCCAAGUACGAAGGUGCUUUGUAUGAACUGGAGCCGGUCGAGAGAGCUCUGAAUGGCUGGAUCGAUGGGUUACGCCGCGAUGAGCUGAAGGAGAAGCAAUGUGCUAGCGAAUUGCAACGCACUAUCGCUCUCAUGACACAUCUAGGCGAGGUGCACAUCUCAGAGGGACUUGAGAGCUUCGCCGAUGAAAUGCAGAUGAAGACUAUCUUGAUGCAAAGCCACUUAGAAUCUGCCGCCACUGCAUUUAAUGUCGUGAAGGAUAUGGUACAAAGGGUCGUACCACCAAACGGCGACGAAGACGAGCUUGCACAACAUUUCGCUAAGAAGUCCGAGACUGUCAUUAGCCAAACCCGUAGCGCUAAGGUCAUCAUAAGCAAAGCGGUACGAUCUCUGGAGGAUCUCCGAGCGAGAUCCUUAGCUCUUACUCCCGAUACUGCUGAGGCAUUCGAGCAGUGCGAAACCUCAAGUCAAGAGCUCGCGGAGAUGUCUCGUAAGAUUGGCGUCGACCUUCAUGCGCUGCUUAGUGAGGAAGGUCGUCCGGAACCCUUUACAUAUCCUGAAGUGCAGAGUACGGUCCACCGUACAGUAAUGACUGCCUUCUCAUCAGCCGAGUCGGACCUCUUCUCUACUUACCUCUCUAAACUCCGUGUUCUUACCGGUCAGAUCACCGACCUCGCAGCCGUCUGCACCGACCUAUCGCAGACACAAGAGUUCGAACGUAGCCCGGCACCAUGGAUUCUUCGCGCACAAGAACUCAAGGCUCUUAAGACAAUCCCGAUCGAUGCUGAAGAAGAGCUGCGACAACUCAAGGAACAUUAUAACGAGGCUCGUCGCACUAUUGCCUUGCGUGACGAGAACCUCAGCACAGCAACUCUUCGUAUUGAAACACUCGAAGCGCGCAUGCGUGAUGCGAAUACCAAGGCGUCCCGCAUUGCAGAUCUCGAAGCACAGAUCGUAGAUGCGCAAGAGAGAGUAGCAAGUCUCAAGAAAGACAUUGAGCAGCAGGAUCGUGAGGCCAAGACACUCGAGGCCGAUCGCGACAAGUGGAAGAAGAUCGCCGGUGACAGCAGGGCAUUCGGCGACGAGGCUGGCGACAAUGCCGCCGGGGCCAAGGCUGGCCAAGAGCGUGCUGUGGCCACAGCCCGCGAGAUGGAUGCCCUCAAGGCCGAAAUCGCCAGUCUCCAGGAGGCAGUCCGAUACCUGCGCGAAGACAACCGACGUGCGCGCACCACGGAGCAGGCUAGGCACGACUGGCUCGCUGAGCCUCUGGUCAAACCGAGACCUGUUGCGGAACAACGCAAACAACUUGUGGCAGCUGAGAGUAGAGACGCGCUGAGCGAGCUGCUCAAGAUGGCAACAUCUGCCAAGGUCUUCGAUCUAGGAUCUUUGCCUAAGGACAAGCAGGCGUGGCGUCCGGCGAAGUCUACGCCGCAAUACCACUCAGCGAAGUUGCACGAAGAUUACGAGGCAUGGAAGAACUGGGAGGCUUCUAUCGUACAAAAGUCUAAGGUGGUACUCGGCGCCGAACCCGGUCGGAAGAGGCAGCAAGAAUCCGACCAAAAAGCUAGGAGCAUGCGUAGGGCCGCGGCCAAACUCCAGAUCAGACUUCCCGACGCUGACGGUAAGGUGAUACCUGGUGGUGGCGGCGGCAAGGAGGUGCAGGUUCUCGGGUCGAGGGAGUGGCGGAAUCUGCAGGGGAAGCUUUCUCCGGCUAUAUAGCCCCGGUU